UGCUUGAUGCCUAGGAUGAUCUCUGUUCUGCAGCGCAAAGCAUGUAUCCUUUUGUAUUGCAUCGUGGAUUUCAAGAAGCCUAGCCCAUAGAAUUCUUGUCCGGAUGGGUGGUCUGUGUUGGAACCAUGAACCUUUCAGAGCCCUGUGCUACCUUCGUACUCUGAACUCAUGAACAGAGGAGCAAUCUUGCAGCGAAGGACUACUUUUCAUAUCUCUCUCACGCUCGUUAAAUUAGAGCCUCUGAGCGAUGGAGGCAGUGGGAGUGAGACUUGCCAGAAGGACAAAGCCACCCCAUCUGAAGAGGAACCUGGCGGGGCUGAGGCUGCAGAGAAGAUCUCUUUAUUACACGACCAGGGUGUCACUGAAGCACCUCGAAAUCCAAGCUUAAAAACCAUCCGGAAUGUGGAGCCAUUUCAACCUGGAACAAUAGACGGCAAGUUCAUUAGUGAACCUGAAGAACUGGGGGAUUUCAAAACAGCUCGGAGUGAAGAGGACGAAUUUACAAGCAAAGCCCAUCUUCAGCCAUCGCCAAAAGCUGUGAGUAAAUCUGAAAUUGUCGGGUUGUUGCCUCGUUUCACACCCUGUGUCCAGCCGACAGACCCUCGCGGGCAGACUGAUGCCAAGCGCACUAAUGAGAGGAAGCAAGAUGGUCAGAAGCAACCGAGCCAAUUGUGCGCCACUGCCACAAUCGAAGAGAAACUUGCCAAUCCUUUGGUUUCUAAUAGAAGCCACAGCAAACCACAGACUGAAGGGGAGCACCCUGGCCGGCCUGAGGCAGAAGGAACCUUGAAAGAUCAAAUUGAGAGAGUCGUGAGCUCCUGUGUCCUCCCAGAGCAGAACUUGCUGAGUAAACAUACAGAGAUCCAAGUUGAGAAGAAGGCUGAAGUUGAAAAGGAUCUGUCAUUUGAGAAAAUCGUAACUGUCUCUCAACAUACAGAGAAAGACUACGUAAAGCUUAAGCCCCAGUCCUUGCCUGUGAUUGCUGAGAAGAGCCCAGGUGUAAUGAGAAGCCCCAGUGGCAACCAGGGUAAAACAGAACCAAAAACCUUAGGGAGAAAAGAGAAACAGGUCCGGCAGACCAACCGCCUGUCUUGGCAAGAGAGUGAAAUGAAGACAAAAAUCCAGGUCAGCAGCAAGAAGUAUCCAAGAGUGGAAAGCCUGAGGAGUGCUGGAGAGAUGCUGCACAGAAGAGUGAGUCAGACAGCAGCCGAGCAGGGGAAAGGAAAGAGCAGAACAUUGGAUAAUAGUGACAUUCACACCCUUUCUGAAGAGCUCGAGCAGGGCCAAGAUGUCCCAAACCCUGAGAAAACUAAGUCCAGUGCACGGGAUCGCAAGAUGCUGAAGUUUAUCAGUGGAAUCUUCACAAAGAGCAUUGGCUCUGUGUCUGUCUCAUCUGCGAGCGGUGGAUUAACUCAAAAGGAUUUUGCUGCAGGUACCAGAGGCCCUUCCCCAAGUCAAAAGGCCUUUGUGAACAGUCAGGAAUGGACCUUAAGCCGCUCAGUUCCAGAGCUCCGGUUGGGAUUGGUUGGCAGCCUGCACAGUGGCAAAUCCGCCCUCGUCCAUCGCUAUCUGACUGGCACUUAUAUCCAGGAUGAGUCUCCGGAAGGUGGUCGAUACAAGAAAGAAAUAAAUGUCAAUGGUCAGAACCACUUGCUGCUGAUUAGGGACGAAGGAGGUCCUCCAGAUGCCCAGUUUUCCACAUGGGUCGAUGCUGUUAUAUUUGUCUUCAGCCUGGAAAAUGAGAAGAGCUUCCAGACCAUCUAUAAUUACUACACCAGGCUGGCGAACUACAGGAAUGCAGCUGAGAUUCCACUGAUAUUGGUGGGAUCGCAGGAUGCAAUCAGUGCCACCAAUCCACGAGUCAUUGAUGAUGCCCGGGCACGUAAACUCUGCGCUGACUUGAAACGCUGCAUGUAUUAUGAGACCUGCGCAACGUAUGGACUCAAUGUGGAUCGAGUUUUUAAUGAAGUUGCCCAGAAGGUCUCAGCAGUUAAGAAGCAGCAGCACCUUUUUGUCACAUCAUGCAAGUCUCUGCCGAGCUCUCCAAGCCAUUUUUCUGGCUCCGUCCCAGUCUCUGCCACUCACAGCAGCCAGGCAAGCAAUGGUGGUAACAUGGGUGAGUAUUCCUCAUCCCUUCCUUCCACUCCAAACGUCAGUCACCGGGAACUGGCAGCCGACAUCUCUCAAGUCUCCGGGACCCCUGGUUCUGUCCGCAAGCACUCGAAGCGACGCCCCAGCCUUUUCACAGCUCGGCGGGGAAGCGAUACGGAAAGGAGGAGUCUGGACAGUAAGGCAGAUAACAUCGGAAGUGGCCGUGCCAUCCCAAUUAAGCAGGGAGUGCUGUUGAAGAGAAGUGGAAACACACUAAAUAAGGAAUGGAAGAAAAAGUAUGUGACGCUUUGCAACAAUGGUAUCUUGUCCUACCAUCCUAGUUUGCAUGAUUAUAUGCAGAACAUCCAUGGAAAAGAGAUUGAUCUACUCAGGACCACAGUUAAAGUUCCUGGCAAGCGUCCACCACGUGCUGUUUCAGCCAGUGGUGCUUCCACCAGCCUGAACGGACUAGUGGGCAGUGGGCAAGAAAGUGUUGAUUCUCUGCUUUCCAGCAAUUUAGACCCUGUUGCUGAGAAGGUGAUCAGCAGUGACACCAAGGCCAAAGGGACUCUCCCCAGCCUCCGCCCCAUUCCCAGCAGUGACCAGUGGAGUGAAAACAUUUUGCGUACCCCUGAAGGAACUGGCACAGGGGAAGCUGCAUGCAGUCCCUCAAGCAGCAAGCUGGACUUGCCUCCCUCACCCCAGAUAAACCGGAAGAAGCACCGGAGGAAGAAGAGCAUGAGCAAGGCUGACGGCACGGUGGGCCUAGCAGAAGCCAAACGCAGGGUGUGGAAAUUAAAGCGUUUUGGUAGUUUAAGAAAUAUAUACAGAGCAGAGCAAGAGGAGAACAUUGAGUUCACCAUCGUCUCCAGCACAGGCCAGAUGUGGUACUUUGAAGCUGCGAAUUUCGAAGAGAGGGAUGCCUGGGUACAAGCCAUUGAGAGUCAAAUCCUGGCCAGCCUGCAGUCCUGCGAAAGUAGCAAGAACAAGGCUCGGAUGGACAGCCGGAGUGAAGCUGUCGCCAUUCAGGCGAUAAGGAAUGCGAAAGGCAACUCGUUCUGUGUUGACUGCAAUGCUGCAAAUCCCACCUGGGCAAGUCUAAACUUAGGGGCACUCAUCUGUAUUGAGUGCUCUGGAAUUCAUCGCAAACUUGGGACCCACCUCUCACGAGUCCGGUCCCUGGACCUCGACGACUGGCCUUUGGAGCUAACCCUCGUGUUGACGUCCAUCGGGAACGAGAUGGCAAACAGUAUGUGGGAGAAGAAUACUCAGGGGCGCAGCAAGCCCACCCCUGAAUCUACACGGGAAGAAAGAGAAAAUUGGAUCAGAGCAAAGUAUGAGCAGAAGCUCUUUGUUGCACCCUUGAAAUAUCAUGAUGUUCCCAUUGGAAAGCAGCUGUUCCGAGCUGUCAUGGAGAAGGACCUUCAAAACAUCCUACUGUUACUUGCACACGCCAAGAAAGAGCACAUCAACGAAUAUAUUGAUGACAAGGACAAGCGGACAGCUCUGCACCUCGCCUGUGAGCUCAAGGAUGUGGUGAUCACACAGCUCCUGGUCUGGUAUGGCAUUGACGUGAAGGCCAGAGACGUGAAUGGAAACACAGCCCUGUACCAUGCCUGGCGGGCAGGCAGCCAGGAGUGUAUGGAUGUCCUGUUACAACACGGCUGUCCCAGUGAUGGCUGCAGCACAACGCCCAGCAUCAGCAGGAAAGGUCUUGGUGCCAGUUUCGGAAGAACUGACUCCAGGUUUCCACAUUAAAAAGAAGCCUUGAAGCACUCCUUUCCACACCUUGACAUUCCUAAAGGGCAACCUCAAGACUUUUCCCAAACCCUCCAAACCCCGCCCCCCACCAACCCCCCCCCCCCCCGGCAUUUUAUUGCAAGAUUUAGUGAUCGGGAGGCGCACUUUAUGGAAGCCCAAUGUUGAUUUUACAACAAAUAACAAUACCAUUUGUCUCAAUAUCUUAUGACUGAGCGAUUGAAACUGCUGUUCUUCAGUGCAAGAGCUGUUCGAUGUUUUAAGGCUUAUUUCCUGAACUCUCCUUGGCAGGCCAUACCAAAAGGUAACACAAGUGUCCCAAUUUGCAGAGCAGCUUUGGGAGCAAAGAAUUGAUAACUCCUUCAAAAAAAAAAUUGGAAAUUGUUUACACAAAUCAAAACCCAUGAUGUGCUGGAGCCUUGCAGCAGCAGUAAGUUACAGAGGCCAGUUUUCAGCUCCAAAUCUUUUAUACUUAACAUAAUGAAGAAGUUGUUGGUUUUAUUUUCUGACUGUUUCAAUGGUGGUCCUACAAGUACCAAAUGUUCCCUUGCUGGGUUUUUUUUUUCAGAUGUGCAAUUGUAUUUAAAUUUGUAAAGGAAAUUUGUGUGUAAUAUUGGAUAUUACAGUAUUUAGUGAAAUGUGAAAAGUACAGAACCUUAUUUCGUAUUGUUUUUUGAAGUACGAUAGUUAAAUAUCAGUCUACUGGGGGAUAGGAAAAGCAGUGUCGACAUUGUCCAUUUGAAGGGUUCCAAGAACAGAUUUUAGGCACAGAGGUACUGUAAAUAGUAUCCUGUGACCUUGUAGAAAUAGACUGUGUUGUGCUUAGCAAUUCAAGGGAGUAUUUGAAGCUGGUUAUUUUGUCUCAGUACAAUGUGUUGCUGGCCAACCCAGAAAGAAAGAGGGCUGCACUGACAUAGAGUGGCAACACGGAAAUGUGUGCAGUUCAAACUGGCCUUGUGAUCUCAACAGACGGGGCAGCAUCUGACAUGAAGGCAGUCAAGGGCUAAAGUAACAAGGGGAGCAAGUCAAUAAGCAUUUUCUUUUCUAUUAGGCUGUCCCAAACUCCAGACACAUGAGCAGAAACAUCUAGGCUAACCUUCCACGCUGUGAGACGCUGACUUCUGGAUGCUACAUUAAACCAAGGUCCUAUGUGCAUGUAAACAAUCCCACAGCAAUGUUUUUAAGAUCGGGGAGAUUCCACCCCACCCCUCCCAUUCCGCACAUAGUGUCCUACCCAAUGUCUGUCCCUAAAUAACAUAAGAUAAACAUUUUUAAUAACAAUACUGCUAAUGUGAGCUUGCUGCGCACAAUUGACUGCCUUGUUUCUUGUGUCGCAAGUGUCUGCAAAUGAAAUAUUUUAUUGGAUGCUUUGGGACAUCCUGAGGUUGUAAAGGGCACUGUAAGAAAAGCAGUAUUCUCUCCUCGCUGGCAUUUGGAGAGCAUUAAUGCAUACAGUCAUGAUACAUGGGUCUGAUAUACUUUGUUUGCCCACAAGGAAAUUAAAAAGCAGGAUUUGUUACCAGGCUGCCCAAUGAUGACAGAGUGACAUUGGGAGGUAACUUAGACCAUAUAUUAUGGGUUGGCUAGUCUAAUGAGAGUAGAAUUGGGGAGAGAAAAUGAAGGAUUUAAAUUUGUAUGAUGUACUACAAAUUGAGCUAAAUGUGCUAUGCUUGGUUUUACAGAAAUUCUCCCUUCAGUCCUAAUAGAUUAGGUAUGACUAGGAUGUGGUAACUCUAAUCCUCUGGUAGAGUGACAGGAAAUGCUUUAAUGUGAGGACAAGUCUAAUCUAUCAUUUGUAGGUUUUAAUUUUCAUCUGGAAGUCUGAGUGAAAAGCCAGGACUGGAACAACGUGGGAUGGGAGACAGUUACAAGGUAAAAAGUUUAGGUGAGACCAGACUUGGGCAGUCAAAUUCUGGAUUGUUGGAGGAAGUACAAAAGCUGCUGCACGCUCAGUUUACAAUGGCACCUACAAAUGCCGCUGUUUAAGGUCUCAUUGCAUCCACCAUAUUUUUCAUAUCUCAACCCCAUGAAUGGAUUCUUGUAGCUUUUGCAUUAGCACAUGAUUUUUAUUUUAUGUCCCAUCAAUAAACCAGAGUCUCAAAUGUAUCUGGAGCACCAGAGAAACAAUAAGUGGGCAGAAAAAGCAGGCCAUGGUUUCCCUCAGCUCAUGUAGUGCUUACCCCUGAGCAGGAGGGUUGUGACACAGACUCCUCACCCUACCCACCCCCUGACUUACAUCUUCACGCUGUACUAUCAGAGGUAUUCUCGUUCAGAUAGGACUUCAAAAUGAGCACAAACACGAGAAAAGCUGCAGAUGCUGGA